AUAUUUGAUAUCUGCAGGAUAAUUUGUCUUGUGUUGAUCACUGUCAUUUGGAUUGGGCUAGAUAUCACGAACGAAACAAUUGAGAUAUCACAUUAAUCCGCGAAUAUCAAUCGAUAAUAACUGGAGAUCAUUGUUGGAAAAGUACGGCGGCGAUGUCUUCACUACAAAAAUCGAUUUUGAAAUCCAAGUUGCCACCGUCAGGCCUUGAUUUCGGUAUGCCUUCUAGAGCCUGCAAAUCAAGAGCCUUUCAACGAAAGCGGGACUACGAUCCUGUCGAGUGGCAUCCAUAUUUUGACGAGUCUAAAGAUGUUAAAAUUCAGGAGAACACGUUCCACAUUUAUACCAAGGGAAAUGAAGGCCCAAUUUUAGUUCUGCUUCAUGGAGGGGGCUUCAGUGCUUUGACAUGGGCGGAGUUUACGAAGUCAAUAAUGACGAUGGUGAUAUGUAAAGUAAUGGCAAUAGAUUUGCGAGGUCAUGGAGAUUCACAUACAACAAACGACGAUGAUCUAUCGUCAGAUUCGUUAGCAUGUGAUGUAGCAGCAAUUAUAGAGGCAACUACUGACAACUCCCCUGUAAUAUUAGUUGGUCACAGCAUGGGAGGCGCUGUAGCAGUUCGCGCGGCUCCAUUGAUUCCAAACAUUGCUGGGAUGGCUGUAAUUGACGUUGUUGAAGGAACAGCUAUGGAUGCUCUCACAUCUAUGCAAAGUUUCCUCAGAUCUCGACCAAGCAGUUUCAGUACUAUACCUCAAGCAAUUGAAUGGUGUAUACGCAGUGGGCAAAUCCGUAAUAUCGAUUCGGCCAAAGUAUCUGUUCCUGGGCAAAUAAAAAAUACGAAAACAGGCAAGUUAGCAACACACGAUAUUCCGUCAGUAUUGGCUUCACAUGACCACUCAAAUAAUGUGGAACCAGUGCCACAGCGGGACGACGCAAUCCCAGAAGAAGAACCUCUGGCCAUGUCACCACCAACAGUCACUUCUCCAACGGCUGCCACUUCCAGCAAUAAAAAUUACACGUGGAGAAUAGAUCUGGGGAAAACGGAACAGCAUUGGUCAGGCUGGUUCCAAGGUUUGUCUGCAGCCUUUCUGAACGUCUUGGCACCCAAAAUGCUGCUACUGGCAGGAGUAGAUAGACUCGACAGGGAACUUACAGUUGGUCAAAUGCAAGGCAAGUUUCAAAUGCAAGUGCUUCCUGCCUGUGGUCAUGCGGUACAUGAGGAUGUUCCAGAUAAAGUGGCGGAAGCUGUAGCAUCAUUUAUGGUCAGGCAUAAAUUUGCUGAACCCGCCUCAGACUUUUCACGAACGCUACCGGCUUAUUAAAUGCAUGCUUGGUGCAGUGCUGUCAACCGGAUCUACGACGACCAAGUAUAUCGAGAUAAAAAAUCGCAAAACAAAACAGAAACAUCAGAAAAGAAUCAUUUUUUUGAAAUUUCAUCUUCUCAAUUGAUCAUAUGUGUAUAGAACCGUAUUAUACGCAUGUAAAUAAAUUUAAAAAACAAGACGAGAUCUGCAUGGAGAUCAUCAAUAUAAUCCUAAUCAAAUAACCAAUAAUACUCGCUUUGAGUGAUAUAUUUGUAAUUUAUUCGCAUUUGUUUAUUUAUUGAUUUAAAAAAAAUCUCAUUCACCAAACUAUUGAUAAUAAGCAUACAUCAAACAGUCGCAUUCAAAUAUUCUUUACACAAGAAAAUACAUCAUGCACACCUAGUGCGUAACUGCAAAAUUGGGUGCAUUGUCAAUGCCCUCAAAUAGAACUUUACUGAAAAUAGGUAGAUUAAUCAAUUAAGGUCUAAUAUUUUCAGUUGAUAAUCUCUUAGAAUAAUUCGCACAAAUUGGUUCAGAAAAACGCCUUAUCAACGGUUGUAAGGUAGUAGAAUAUUUCUACGAAAUUUUGUUGAACCACUCCAACGGGUUGUAUUAUCCGCCGCAUUCUUCAUGGUCGGUCCACUGUUGUCCAGUUUUCAUAGUUCCCGAAAAUCCCGACAGAGCUGCUUUCUAUCGGUUAACAACGGCUAUGAUAUCGGAGUGUCGGUUACCCUCGCAUCACUCUUAUCACACUGACGAAUCUGACCGACCAUGCUAUUUAUCCGACGUAAUAUUAUUGCGCAUGCGCUGUGGGUUCUGUAAAAGCCGUGGCACAUGCGCGAUAACUUACUGCAUUCUAGUUAUCGCUUCCAUGAAAUUUUGUGUGCUUCCACCCUUAUCGCGAAUCGAGAUUCAACCGCAAGAUGGAAAUGUGGUCACCUCCGACAUCCCUCCAACCAAGAUAUUGCUUAUGUUCAGAGCAGACGAUAUUUUUCAAUCGUCUUCUGUUAACAUAACCGCGAUGCCGUGAACUGGUUAUUGAUAGUUAAGUUUUCGCCAUUGCAUCACAUGUAUGUUUACAAUUGUAUCUUGUGCAGUUACCAGUGACUGUGUUGAACAAAAAAAAAAAAAAUCUAAAUAUACUAAAAAUCAGAAGCAAAAAUGGACCGUUAA